CCAGUGCACACUCCUCUGGCUCCCAGGGCUCCACUCCCCACCUCACACCCUUGCCCCCAGGUCUCUACACCCCCCCUCCUUCUCCUGGGCUCUGCUGUCUCCUCGUCCUACUCACAGGGGCCAUGGGUAGCUUCAGCAUCAGCAGCCUGGAGCACUAUGCCCAGCUCAGGGUGCUCACCUCCUGGCCCCUCCUCCUCAGACAGGGGGUCUCCGGCUUUGCCCCCCCAGCAGGACCCCUGGAUCCAGCCCUACGCUUCCCCCAAGCCCGGCCAGCCCAACCCCCCCGGCGGGUGGCCGACUUCUCCAUCUGCUCCCUCCUGGCCCUGGGCGGCUCAGAGAGGACGGGGGAAGGGGGGCGCCAGGAGGAGCUCGGCAAGGGGGCUGUGGCGUGGGGGGCGACCCCGCCGGGCUACGCCUGGAUCCACUGCUCCCGCUUCAAGCCGCCUCGUCUGGCAAAAGCGAAGUGCGGGGGCAGCCCCGGCCGGGCCCCCCGCAGGCCCCGCGUCCCGUUCUCCGUGGCCCAGAUCGGCGUCCUGGAGGGCAGCUACCGGCAGACCCGCUACCUGAGCAGCAGGCAGGUGGGGGAGCUGGCAGCUCUGCUGGGGCUCAGUGAGACCCAGGUGAAAAUCUGGUUCCAGAACCGGCGGGCAAGGGAAAGGCGGGACUUUCUGAAGGACCAGCCAACCAGCAGCAGUGCCCUGGAGGGAGCUGAGCCGGCCCAUGCUGCCCCCCUCGGGCUGGCGCCAACGCCAGGGCCGGGCAGCACCAGAACAUUGCCCCCUUGAGCCGCCGUGACCUCGGGCAUCUGAUCGCAACGGAGCCAUUUGUGGUGCAAAGAGGCCUGGAGUUGCCAUUGGGGGGGCCCCCAGAUUGGGGGUGAUGGUCCCCCUAUGGGCUGUGCAUCUCCUCCACCCUGUUGUUACAGGGCACCCAUCAAACUCCAGCCCCCCCCCAAUUGCAAACUGGUCCCCCUCCCUCUCCAAAUCUUCAGCCAGAAUUUGACCCCCCCCCAGCUGGGAUGUGUACCUCAAACUCUGGUUUGACGCAGAGACCAGAAUCUGUCUUUCUGUCAAAUCCAGCUCUGCUCUGGGGAGACUGAUUGCCAAGGAGAACCUGAUUAUGGGGGAGCUGCCCCCAGUCCUGGGAUAUCUGCUGUGGGGUGGGUGUGCCCUGUGUCAUGGGGGGACAAUAAACCCCCUUUGAUCCCAGCA